AGCCCGUGCAACGAGAAAAAUAAAAUCCGAUUGGAUUAAAGCAGCAAAGUUCGAUCGCUUGCGACCAAUGUGUUAGGAUCAGAAGGCGAUGAGAAAAUGUGCCCUGCUCACUACAAACACAGCGCUGAAUGUCGGUGCUCGUGGCUUUGUGCACUGUCCUUUGCCUACGAAACGACAUCGACCACGGCCAUGUACGGAGGCCACAGCGACAGAAAACGCGUGGCUCGAAGCGUUUGCUGCUCUCUCGAUCACCUCGCCUCGCAGAAGCACGGCAAGAGGAGUGAAUCAGAAACGCUUUUACAGGCGUAAGAUCGACGGAGGCAGAAGUUUUUGGAGCCAAGAGCCGCUAGAAUACGACGAAGGCGACAAGAAAUGGUUGAAUGAUCCGAAGACAGGUCUCAAGGAUUUUCUAACUGAUCUUGAAUCACCACCGACGAAUAAACCUGUGUACAGGAAGCCUGCGUAUAUCGUUGAGAAGAAACUCGACAAAGUAUAUGAAGAUCAUGAUGUUCAUUUGUGGAAGCCAAAGCCGGGCGGUUUCUGGGAUCAGUUUCAUGAGGAUUUGACAAAGAUACUGGAGCCAGAGCCACCAUCCUCCAACGUGAAAUGGGAAAAGCGCUCAGGGUUGGGUCCUAAAGAACUUAUCGCCAUGUUCCACGAUUCAAUAUCAGACAUCCAGAACCCCCUGUCUGCGAUUUUAAGUAGGCGCAGGGAUUUGAUGGAGCGGCACGACCUGGGGCCGUCGGAUUUCCCUACAGUUACAAUGGUGCGACUGGUGUCUCGGUGUCUGCAGGAGGAUGACUACGCAGCGGCAUUGAAAGUCGUGUUGAACGAUUAUCCCGUGUGUGAAGCUGAUCAACUUCUCGUGGAUGCUCUUGCUGAGCUUCCUACCUUCACUUCCAAUCAUGCUCUAUUCGGGCUGGUCCGGACUGCUCUGAAGAAUGAUAUGAAGGGGAUCGCUAUUACGUUGUUGUACGAGAAAGGGUAUGGCAAGGAGCAGAAGAUGUUGUUGGAAAGGGCGCUUCUGGAAAACAAGAUUGAAAAACAUGGUCUUUCUCCAGAAAUCCCCUCUGAGGCCCUCAGUAAUCCGAUUACACAGCUGGCUGUGGUGAAGCAUCUCACUCGAAAUGGCAGAGUUGACGACGCGAUGGCAUAUGUGCUGGCACGUGCUCAAUACCUCGAUUAUAUGAGCGUACGGGUGGUUAUUCAGGCGGGUAUACGGCAGGUGGAGCAGACACGGGAUUCGCAUGACUGGAUAUUCUUGGACCCCUCUAAGCGAAGCAAGACGCAGGCGGAGCGGCGAGAUGAACUGCUAUCUUGGUUCGGAAUGGUUGUUGAGACUGGCAAGAUCACAGUUACUGCAGCUGAGCUAAAAGCAGCCUUAUCGGCUGUCCGUCUCAGGGGACACAUCAAGUACUUUCAAAAGCUACUAGCGAAUCCCGCGAGCGGUUUUCCGUGGGAUGAAGACUGCGUGAAUACGUUGCUGGAUACCGCGACAAAAGCAGCGGCAUGGGGCGAGGGAGUCGAAAUUGCGAUUUGCGCACAUAAACUGGGGUUACCAGCGUCUUCAGGAACACUCGGCCGCUUCAUGGCUCAUGUCGUGCAAGCUUUCUACCCUGACGCUUCCAACAAAUACUCUCCUCACCUCAAGACGCUCUUUACUUUUCCAGACGUUUCGACGGUGUUUGAUGCAACUCGUGCCUGCCUUGAACAUCUACGAAACUCGCAUAAAGAACGUGGGUGGCUGGUACCAGUGGCCCAACUUCGAAUAUUGUUUGACCCGAACGUGUGGAAGGAUCCGCUGAAGGACAAUCCAAAGUUGCCUGACCGUGUUGAAGACGUUUUGUUGGAUGAGCUGGUGCACCGAAAUGCGAAAAAUGCUUUGAGGUUUAUGAGCAUGGAUAGUAUAGAAACGGGCUUCAAGAUGAAACUGGUUCAGCGCCAUCUGGAUCGACGUUUCGAGCGAUUGGCUUCUUUCACGCCCAAAUCUCCAGCAAACGUACACCUCGAGGCUGGCGGCAUAAACGACGAAGUUGUGCGACCGUUGGAAGAAAGGCCGUUAAUGCCAAUAAGCUUCUACACGGAUGUGGUCGCACUGAUAAAAAGCAAACACGAGCGGUGGGAAGAGAGCCUGGAUUCUAUUAUGACCUUGCUUCUCACGGAGCCGACACCUGCUUCAGCAUUUGAGUUCUUGCGUCAAUUGCAUGAAAAAUCCAUCAAUCCGAGAAAGUUCACUUUGGGCAAACUGUUGCGUACUUUGAUUGAGAAAGGUCAUAUAGAGCUGGCAUGGAGACUGCUCGAGAAGUUGACGCCAGAUUUAAAUUUAGCGAACGGGUAUGUAUUCGAGGAGUUCAUCAGCGCUUCGGGGUACCGCUACCCCAGGUUUGCGAUGUUGGCAACACGAACAAUGGAGCAACGCGGUUUGAUUCCACGCCGUGACACACUUGUCGACCUUACUUGCAACCUGGCUCACUCACCACGACUUUCAAUCUCACAAGCUGUUAAACGCGUGACUGAGGUGAUCCAUAUGCUGCGGAGACACGGCUAUUCUAUUCCUAAGCGCACAGCUGCGGCGCUCUUGCGAGUUGCUGUGCUUAGGCACGGCGUGAGCGGUAGCAUAGAACGGCAGAGGUGGGCGAUUAUGCGGGCUGGUCAAUGGGCUGGCCCGAAGGUUGCAAUCAGGGUAAAACGCAUGAUGGUGAAGUGGGUUAGGGACUACAAUCUCGGAUUGCAGCCACCGCAGUGAAAUGGUGUAGGAGAAAGGUUCAUGAAAGAAAAGCAAAGCAGAGGUCUAGGGUUUACACUGAAUCACGCAAAGAAUGGCAUCGGCAUUAAUAUUGGCAUGGCGUUAUGUGCAUUGGAUAGUAUCCGGAUUUAGCAUAGCAUUUUGGCAUCUGGAAGAGUAGUGUACGGGAAUACGAUAUCGAUGAGGAGCAUCACAUUAUGUAUCUAUCUGUACCC